GCAGUUUCUUUAUAUACUAUACUGUACACUAAGAACAGCAAUUCCCGGCAAGUCUCCAUCAUGAUCUAUCAGCUGAUAGCACAGAGUCAAUUGUAAAUUUGCGUUUCGCAACAUCUAAUAAAGCAUCAUGUGGUGUCGGAACAUCUUAAGGACACGUGCCAUCAUCAAUAAUUCGGCGACAUCCAUCUGUUUGCAACGUUUUGCAAAGAACCAACGGCACCUAAACGAUAUCAUGUCAGGACAUUCAAUCCGACUAACUUCAAGCGCACGUGAAUGUACAAUCGGCGAUGUUAUCGAUAAAUGGAGUCGUCGAUUCGAAAGCGAAGGCAUUCCGGAACCGGUAGAGUCGAUAGAACACAUAGUGGCGCACAUUAUUGGAACCGAAAAGAUAAUAGAUAUUCUGAACGUUAGAAAUGACCGACUAAGCGCAAGCCAGAUUGAGAAAUUAGAAUCGUUAUGCGAAUGUCGGUUGUCGAGGAUGCCAGUUCAAUACAUCAUUGGCGAGUGGGAUUUCCGGGAUAUCACCGUGAAACUCGUGCCACCGAUUUUCAUCCCACGUCCGGAGACCGAAAUACUGGUGGACUUUGUGUUAAAAAGACUGAAUUCAUCGCAAGUCGAAAAUUGCGAAAUCCUGGAAAUCGGUUGCGGUUCGGGCGCAAUAUCGCUGGCUCUCGCACACGCUUGUAAAAAGAUAAAGUGCACAGCGAUCGAUAUGAAUCUUCACGCUUGCGAGCUGACGACGACGAAUCGAAACAAUCUGAACUUGGCAAACCAAAUCAUGGUAAUGCACGCAACUUUGACACCGGAUGCAAAUAUUGAAAUUUCCAGCAUCUUGAAUGGCACUGGUAACGUGGAUCUUAAUUCGAGGCUGUUCGAUUUUGUGAUCAGUAACCCGCCGUAUGUACCAACGAAGGACAUAUCGCGACUGCAGCCCGAGAUAAAAAUUUACGAAGAUCUUAGAGCGCUGGAUGGCGGCGACGAUGGACUGAAGGUAAUCAAACCACUCUUGAAAUACGCUGCCAAAACUUUAAAACCUGGCGGACGCCUCUUUCUGGAAGUCGAUCCCAUUCAUCCCGAAUAUAUACACUUCUUCACAAAUAAGUAUUCCGACUUGAAACUGCAUCACGAACAUACGUACAAAGAUUUUUGUAAUUAUGAUCGUUUCGUAGAGAUAGUAAAAGUCACCUGAAAGAAAAGAAGAUUCCCGAUGUUAUAAUUGUUAUAAAUGUUAUUUUGUAUAAUUAAUUUUAUACGAUUAUUUUAUAAGAUAGAUUUUUAAUAAAAGCGUCGUAUAUUAUACGUAUUACAGAAGUCUAUUAUAUAUAAGUCUAUUCUCAUAAUUGUUACGAGUGUAUUUCUAGUUAGAGUUGAACGGGUCAGUCGCAGGAAUUUAUCUUAAUAUUUUUUGUAAUAUAAUCAGUCGCACACAUACACAUUACUUGUGGUAUCAAGUUCGCAAAUGCAUUUUCUACAUAUUUGUUUAACAUUCAUGAUGUAAUGAUAUUUACAGUGACAAUAAGUUAAUUCAGUGGCACAAUUCGUAACAACCCAACUAAGCAUGAUCUACUUUCGUCUUCUUCUCUUUGUAUUUUCGUGAUACGUGUAAGAUGUUGCAUUUUGCUCGUAGCUUACAUAGGAUGAAAUUGAAAUAUAAAAUUUCGUGAAAAA